AAAACUAUAAUUUAACUGACGUUUACCCAACGGUGUUUACAUUAAUGUUCCCUGAGAACUGUUUUUCAUUUUUAAGAUCACAUUUAGCACUCCGCAUAAGAAUAUCGCUAGCUCAUCCAUGCUAGCUUCAGCUGUGAAGUUUUUUCCCCCGAUUUUACUGAGAAUGAGACUAGAAUUCUUGCAAAGAUGCAUCUUAUAGUUGGGGUCUAAAUUAAUCGGUACGUCAGGUUAGGAAGCGAAACUGCCUUUAAUUGUUACCUCCUCUGAUCGUGGCUUCGGGUCCCCGCACUUUGUUGUCAUCGGUUGUAGUUCUCUUGUAGUACAGACUUGUUGCUGCCUGGUGAUGGCGCUAUUGCGGAGAAAGUGCUCCGGUAACGCCGCGCAGGUUUUGACCCGCAGGUCCAGAGGCUCUGCUGGGUCUUUGAUUAGACAAAAUAUGAAGCUCCUUAGAGGAAUCCUCCUUCAGGACAACAGACAUUUCAUCAAGGUGUGGAGCAAGACCUCAAAAUCCGCCAUAUCUUAUGAGAAUGGUAAAAUCUAUUUUGAAAGCUAUCAGAGAUGCUACAGCUGUGUUCAUUCAGAACCUCGGCUUCUAUACAAACUGCCCAAGCGGUCUAAACUGGAGAAAUUUGAAGAUGCGUUGUUGUGUCAGUCCCCACUUAACAAAGUAUUAGCCUCUCCCUCUGAUCAUAAAAGUAGCCUCUUGGCUUUGACAGCCAAUAACUGGCUCUAUCGUCUCUCUGCUGAGACAGGAGAAGAGUUGGAGAGAGUUUACCUCUUUUCAAAUAAUAAGUUCAGGUAUCUCAGCUGGGAUGUUUGCCAAGAGACAUUUUAUGUUAAAUCUGUUAAAAAAAAAGAAAUACCUUUGGCACAGCAGGCAGGUAUAAGUCAGAGUACACUGAUGCACCUGGCAGUAUUUCAUAUUUUCCCCUUACAAAUUGUGGGCAUUAUGGAGAUCAGCAAAAAGGUAUUCGGGAAUUGUGUUACCGAUGUUGUUCUGUCUCAAGGUGUCCUUGCCAUCUCCCACAGCACCAAGUCAGUGAAGAUGUACAGCUUUGAGUACAUUGUGGAAAAUUACAUGACUGAAAAGUUAACUCUUGGAAAUAAGAGUACACUCCAUGGGGACAGAACCGUUGGAGAGGCUCCAUUCGGGAUCCCAGUAAAUAUCAACAUCAACGAUUGCCCUCCAGUGCUUUUUGAAGUGUCUUGUGCUGAUAAUGGUGUCCAGAUUGGAGGAUACCCGUGGCACUACAUUUUCACUCCACCACAUAAGAACCACAAGGGGACUCAUCACAUCUGUUCACUCAAGGACGGCAUCACGGCAACAAAUGGAGUACGAAAUAUGAACUGCUGCUCUCUGGAGAUGGAUGGAAUUUCCUUCCACCCUGAUGACUCAGGAAGAAUCAUGCAUGUUGGCCCUCAGACUAUAAAUGUCCUCAAAAUCCUCAGUGAGCGUAACAGUGGUUUGCCAUCAAAAGUAGUUGAGGAUUUUUCAAUGGCGACCCAUCGUCAAAACAAUCUGACCUCACAAGUCACCGUCACCUCAUCUGGUCGCAUAGUGAAAAGAAGAUUUCAUCAGCUGGAUGAUGACCCAGAUCAAGAGACUUUCCGUACGGUGGAAUAUGAGGAUGAGCUCGAUCUUUUGGCAGUCGUGGUAACUGACAGUGAUGAGGGAGAGGGACGAGCUCGCAUUCAACUGCAUGACAACCAGAGCGGGAAUUUACUACGGACUGUUGAUCUGGUGGAACCUUGGGAUGAAACAUACCGACACGAGUUGUUCUUUGACAAAGAGACAAUUGUUCAUAUUGAACAGCAGAACACCAACUUCUGCUGCCAUGUCCACAAACUUCAUUCUGCCAGGCAAUAAGUGCUGCAAAAGUAAAUUGGAGCUGCUGGAAUGCUUGUAAUUACUAUUUUUGAUGAUUUUAUAGAUGUACUUUAAGUGCUGUCAAUAUGCUUGUGAUGUUUGCUCUUUUUAUGGUUUUCACUAUUAAACUCGUGCCUUUUUAUACAUGUACACAUAAAUCUGUAGACUACAUUAAAUUCCAAAC